UCACCGCGCUCAUACGGGAACGACGCAUUUUCCUUCGGUAGCUGGGUGGAUCCUACGGCCUAUCGUGUCACAUGACAGUGUUGAGUGACACUUACUGCGACCAAUAAGCGAAUAGGCCAGCUUUCCAUUGGCGUCUUGGAAAUAGUCACCGAUCUGAGAACAUGUCUGGGCGAAGCGGGAGAGGCCGGGCAGUGGCUUCUCAGAAAAGAAAAGCUGAAACAGAUUUAGAACCAACGAUUGAAGUAAAACUUGAGCCUGAAGACCUGAGUACUGAAGUAAAACUUGAGCCUGAAGACCUGAGUACUAGUUCUGACAGAUCAAAGUCUGUAGUAAAAGAAGAAGUUGAGACACGCUGGGAAUGGCAAGAUGGGGACGUGUGGAUGGCUUAUGCUCCUGAACUGAACACUCAUAUUAAUCAGGCAUUCAGCUCUGGGAAGUGGUCUGUGAAGGUGUCUCCUGCUGAAGGGAUCUCAUUACAGUUAGAUCUGAGGAAAAUGGUUCAAAAGAACACUCAGACUGGUUUCCAGAGGCCAAUUCGACUGGCUGUGAAGGAGAAGGACCAAUUCUUUGUAUGGCAGUGGCUGUCUGAUAAAGGGGACUGGGCUGCUUAUGAUGCCCAAACCUGUCUCUCUUUGGAGAUCUCACUUCACUCUGAUACUAAGCUGGUGUCUCUUAGAUUUGGAAGACAAUCAUACACCAUGGAUUUGGGAUGCAUGGUUCAAAAGAACACUCAAACGCAAAAUGAAAGGCAGAUUCAACGUUGCUUAUCUGUGGCAACAGAUACUACUAUCAGCCAACAGAAUCAGAAUGUCAGUAAUGGGCCCUUAAUCAAGAAGCCCCGCAGAAGCACAGGCAGUGUGAAAAAUGAAGUAGAGGAAAGCAAAGAACAGGUCCGGACACUUGUACUUAAGGGUAAAGCUCCUGUAGAUCCAGAAUGCUCCAGCAAGCUAGGAAAGGCACAUGUAUACUGCGAGGGUGAAGAUGUAUAUGAUGUGAUGUUAAACCAGACAAACCUGCAGUUUAACAACAACAAGUACUACCUAAUACAGCUACUGCAAGAUGACAAUGCUAGACACUUCUCUGUGUGGUUGCGCUGGGGCCGAGUUGGUAAAAAAGGUCAAAACUCUUUGGUGGCCUGUGGAGGAGAUCUCCAGAAAGCAAAGGAUAUCUUUGAGAAAAAGUUUUCUGAUAAGACCAAAAAUGAAUGGUCUGAGCGUAAGCUGUUUGAAAAGGUUCCUGGGAAAUAUGACAUGCUACAGAUGGAUUAUAAUUCUACCACUGAGGUGAAGGAAGAUAAAGUAGUGAAAGAAGAAAAGGUGCCUAACCUACCUAAACCAGAGUCAAAGCUAGACAACAGAAUACAGGAAUUGAUCCAGCUGAUAUGUAACCUGCAAAACAUGGAACAGACUGUGCUGGAGAUGAAAUAUGACAUAAAGAAAGCACCUUUAGGGAAGCUAACUGUAGACCAGAUUCGUGCUGGAUAUUGCUCUUUGCAGCGCAUAGAGACCUGUAUCAAGAACCAAAAGUUUGGCCGAGAUCUCAUAGAAGCAUGUAAUGAAUUUUACACCCGUAUCCCUCAUGACUUUGGUCUCCGAACACCUCCUCUUAUAAGAACCCAAGAGGAGCUAGCACAUAAAGUUUGCCUCCUGGAGGCUCUUGGAGACAUUCAGAUUGCAGUGAAACUUGCAAGUAUGGAGUCUGAUUCUCUGGAGCAUCCAGUUGAUCGUCAGUAUCAACAGCUGCACUGCUCCUUAGAACUUGUGGAGCAUACAUCAGAGGCCUUCCAGAUUAUUGAGCAAUACCUGAAGAGCACACAUGCUGCUACACACCAUGAUUACACCAUGACCCUGUUGCAUGUGUUCCAGAUGCAGAGGGAAGGAGAAGAGAGCAACUUCCAAGUUCACCUUCCUAAUAGGAUGCUUCUCUGGCAUGGAUCACGUCUGUCAAACUAUGUUGGUAUUCUCAGCCAAGGACUGCGUGUUGCUCCAAGAGAGGCUCCAGUCACAGGUUACAUGUUUGGGAAAGGUAUAUAUUUUGCAGACAUCUCAUCAAAGAGCGCAAAUUACUGCUUCACAUCCCGUGAUAAGAAUGUAGGCCUGCUGCUGCUAUCUGAGGUUGCUCUUGGAGAAUGUAAUGAACUCUUGAAUGCAGAUUAUGAUGCUGAGAAAAAGUUGAAGGGAAAACAUAGUACCAAAGGCAUGGGUCGAAACAUCCCUGACCCUAAGAAUAGCAUCAUACAUGAUGGUGCCCUGGUUCCAUUAGGGCCACUGGUGGACACAGGAUUGACAAACAGUGCUGGUUACACUCUGAACUACAAUGAAUACAUUGUAUACAAUCCAAACCAAGUUCGGAUGAAGUACCUGGUUCAAGUGCGUUUCAACUAUGAGUCUCUCUGGUAACAAGCAUCCCAAUACAGUCUCUUUAAACUGACCCUAGGGGGAAUUUAGCACCACUCCGUGUACAGCAGCUCUGAUCUUCAUUUCUCUUCUAAAAGGACAACAAAUGUAUUCUGCUGCUUCUAAACAUGUCACAUUAUACUUGUGUGAGGACAU